AUGGCAACUAUUGUUCUCUUAUGUAUUUUAAUUCUAGGUCAAACAAUGAAAGUUUCUUAUAGAAAACAGUGUACAUGUGAAAAGUUUUCUACAGAUUCAAGUUGUUUAGAAUAAACUAACUGUAUUUGGAGAAGUGAGGGUUGCUAAACAAGAGCUUGUACUGAAUAUUACAAUAAAGAUAAAUGUAAUAUGGUUGCAUCUUGUUCAUGGAAUGUAUCAAAAUGUGAAACAUUCACAAAAUGUUCUGAUUAUUUUAUGAAUGACUCUUUUGAUUGCUACAAAAUAGGUGAUCAAGAUUAAAAUCAAUUUUGUGAGCCUUCAGAGAAUGGGAAUAUUUGCUAAGAACAUAAAGUCUAAUAAUGUGGUGGUGUAGAAGAAGAUUGUACAGGAUUUUAAAGUCAAUGGGGUUUAUGUUACUGGUAUAAAAACAGUUGUAAGGUGAUUGAUAUCCGAUAUUGUGACAAAUUAUUUAGCAAUGAUUUAUGUAUUAUAUUUGGAGAGGGUCUCGGAUGUUAAUGGAAAGACAAUAAAUGCACAGUUAUAUCUUGUCCAGAUUUCACUUCUGAGAAUAAAUGCAUUUUAUAAAGGCAGAAUUUUAUAGAAGAUGAUCCACUACUAUGUAAAUGGGCAAAUAAUAAUUGCGAAGAGGCUUAAGAUAUAUCUCAUCUUGAUUAUUCAAAUUGUUUAGUGAAUUCCUUUUAUAAUUAUAUUUGGGAUUCAACCAAUAAAGAAUGCGUUUCUUGUUUAACCUACAUUCCACCUAAAACAACAACAACACCUUGA